GUGUUGAGGACAUGCGCUGCAAUAGCCAGCCUAGCUCAGUGUUUUUGAUAUGACAUGGACGAAGCCUGACGGAAGCACACACACUCAGAUAUGAAGAAGGCAAUCAUUUUUCUAUCGAUAAUCGUAUCGAACCUCGUGGCAGCGUUACCCAUACACCAUUGCAAUGUAUUCCAACAGUAGGUCUGGUCCCUAUUGUCUUCCAUGUCCACAACGACAGCUACAUGUUAUGUUAGCAUAACAUGGCUAGCCCACACCAAACAUAUCUUUAGAUAGAUAGCCAGCUAGCUGGUUACUGGACUUCACUUGCCGAACAGUCUGUAUGUAGUUAGCCUUCUGGAAUGCAUUUCUCCAAGAAAUGUUCGGUGUUCAAGGUAGUGCUCAGCGCUCUACUGAUAGUGGCGCUCCUACAGAUGAUCUAUCUGUCCUUCCUGUCAAGGCUGCACGGUAAGCAGCAACGGUACCGCUUCUCCGAACUUUUCGGGGGUUCUGGCAAGAGAAACGGAAACCCGGAGAAAAAUACUCGGAAGGAACACGUCAGGUACUCGCUGUCAACGGGGGGGAUCUUCGACAGCAGCGGACAAUACCGCGUGUACAAGAACUUGAUCAAGAGCGACUUUUCGACUAAUCAUAAGCCAGGAGCGGACCCCAGCGCAAAUAUCUUGGCCCUGGCCACGCACACGACCAUCAACAACCUACAUCACCUGGACUCUCUCCUGGAACGCUGGCAAAACCCUCUGUCGGUGGCCAUAUUUGCACACGGACAAGAUGCCAAGUUUGCCACAGCCCUGGUUUACGCGCUCAGCACCUUCUGCCCCCAGAUCCAAUCCUUGGUGGACUUCCACUUGGUGUGUCACUCGGGGGAGAUGGCCAGCUUCCCAGACCAGGACCGGGAACACUUUCUGGGGCUGGAGGACUGCGAUGCAGUCUUUGCCCGCCUAGAGACCCACAGGGAUCAAUUCAAGAACUACGCCAUUGGGAGCAACGUCUCCUACCCCAACAACCUCCUUCGGAACGUGGCCCGGGGCGGCACGGAAGCAUCCUACAUCCUGGUCCUCGACAUCGACAUGGUGCCCAGCGCCGACCUGCACCCGCAGUUCCUCGCCAUGGUGACGAGGCGCGAGCCCCUGUCGGACGAGGUCUUCGUGAUGCCCGCCUUCGAGAUCCGACACACCAGGAAGAUGCCCGCCACCAAGUCGGAACUGGUCCAGCUUUACCAGGUAGGCGAGGUGCGACCCUUCUACGAGGAGCUGUGCCCGCGAUGCCAGGCCCCCACCAACUACUCCCAGUGGGUGAACCGCCACGCCCGAGGGGCGGGGCCCCUGGAGGUGGCCUACACGCUCAGUUGGACGGACCCCUGGGAGCCCUUCUACAUCGGGCCCCGCAGGGUGCCUCUGUACGACGAGAGCUUCAGGCAGUACGGCUUCAACCGCAUCAGCCAGGCCUGUGAGCUCCACGUGGCGGGCUACCGGUUCUCCGUUCUGACUUCCGCCUUCGUGGUGCACCAGGGCUUCAAGGUCCAGGGGGAGUUCCACGCCAAGAAGGACGAGGAGAACCGACGGAACCGCUUGCUGUUCCGCAGCUUCAAGGAGGGUCUGAAGACCAAGUAUCCGUCGUCGCCUCGACGGUGCUGAGGGGUCGGCCCCGCCCGCCUUCCUCUUAACCCCGCCCCCUCCUACGCAGAUCUGGUCUGGCACCACUACAACCAUACAAGACCGCAGAACAUGAACCGUUUUCAGUGCUUUCUCACUCUUGCUCUCACAAACACACUGACACACACACACACACACACAAUGUGCCAAUCAAUCCAAGUAGAUGAACCACUAGAUGGCAACAAAAACACUAAUAACAAAACAACGUCUUCUUUCAGUGUGUUGAACAGCCUGUUCUCUAAAAGUCCCAACACAUUUCUGUCAGAUUACCGCACACUGAUUCUACAGUGUUGUUUUAAGAUGGGCACCGCCCCCCUCCCAUAUGUCAGAGUAUAUCCAGGCCUAAGCUGUCCUAUGACACUCCACUGGAAGCUAAUACAAGAAGUACAGUAUUUCAGAAGAAUAGUUUUAUAGUAUUAUACCACACAUGAGACUGAAAAACAAUUAAGUUGUAUGCAAUAGUAGAAGGCUAAGCUAUCAAAUCGAUGACAACUUUUUGUUACUACUGAUUAAUUUUCAAAGGAAUGCUUUUAUUUAUAAAGGUUUACGUUAUGUUGUUUUACUUGUGUCAAGUGUUACAGGUGCCAUUCGAAACGUCUUUCCUUUUCAUAUGUAUUGGAUUUUUAUUAAUGCAGUGUUCUACUGAUAGACUAUGUAGACCCACAGAAGUGACUGUAGCAGAAGAAUAUAAACUAUGGGUAAACACAAAUGUUGUUCAACAAAUAAUACAUAUUGUAAAAUGUUAUUUUGGUGUGAAUUGUUCAUGCAUUAUCUGCACACUGUUAUUAGAGUGUAAUAUUUUGUGGU